UGCGGCUUAAAGCGAACGAGUGGAAGAUGGCCGGCCGGGGACGUGAACUGGUACUGCCCGCGUGGAUGCAGCAGCAGCAGCAAGAGAACGGAGGCGCACCGCCGCCCUCCAUCCUGCCGCCGCCGGGCCAUCGCGACCAAUAUGCGGAUGCGCAGGAGCCGCGCCGCGACCAAGGCUCGCGCGAUGCGUACCCGCGCAGCGAUCGCCACGAGCGCAGUGACCGUGAUCGCUCGUCGCGCAGCGACCGCUACGACCGUGACCGCAGUGGACGCGACUCGCGUGGUGGCCGCCACAGCGAUCGCGACACGCGCGAUCGCCAUGAUGACCGAAGGCGGCGCGAUCGGUCGCGCUCGAAGGACCGGUCGGCGCGCCGGGACGACCCGCGCGACCGCCGAGGCAGCAGCAAGCGCGAUCAUGGCGAAGUGAAGAAUUCGAAGGCCUUGGUAUUUAUUCCUUGAGCGGCUCGGGGCGCGUGCGCACUCGACGAUUCGACGUUUUGCCGCCGGGUGUCACACAAGAGAACGCGGCUGCCUACGCAGCCCAAGCCAUCUUGCAGGCCAACUUGGCGGCCCUCUCGGGCGUCGUCGGCCCCGCGUCGUUCGGCCCGCCCACGUCCAACGCCUACAUGCACCAUCAAGCGUUUGCCGGGAACCAGCACUCGCGCCACGCCCGCCGUUUGUACGUUGGCGGCUUUGGCGACGUGCCCGAGCAAGAGAUCGAGCGCUUCUUCAACGAGGUCAUCGACAAGGCCUUGGGCGAACGCCAAGAGCACGGCAGCGUCGUCUCGGUGUACAUCAACCGCGAACGCCACUUUGCGUUCGUCGAACUCAAGUCGAUCGAGCUCACGACAGCGUGCAUGGAGCUCGACGGCGUCUCGUACCACGGCCAGCCGCUCAAGAUCCGCCGCCCGAACGACUACAACCCGUCGGCGGUCAAGGACGUGGGUCCGAUCCCCAAGCUCAACGUCAACGCGCUCGGCAUUGUCUCGACGUCCGUCUCGGACGGCCCCGGCAAGAUCUUCAUCGGCGGCCUCCCGUACCACCUCAACGAAGAGCAGGUCAAGGAGCUCCUCCAGGCGUUCGGUGCACUCAAGUCGUUCCACCUCGUCAAGGAGCUCAACACGAAUCUCUCCAAGGGCUAUGGGUUUUGCGAGUACAUGGACCCGGAGGUCACGCAGGUCGCGUGCGCGGGCCUGAACGACAUGCAGAUUGGCGACAAGACGCUCACGGUGCGUACGGCGCUGACGGCCGGCGGCCUCUACCCGCCCGACCACCCGCACGCGCCGCCGCAGCAGCUCGGCAACCCGGGCGUGACGACGACGACCAUGAUGCAAGCCGCGACGUCGUCCAACCCGCUCCUGUUGAACGUGGAUCCGAUCUUGCAGCAGCUGCAGAAGCACCAAGCGAUGCCGCUGCAGAUCGUGCCCAGUGUGCCUCUGGGCGCGCCGUCGCGCAUCAUCGUGCUCCUCAACAUGGUCACGCCCGACGACCUCACCGACAACGACGAGUACCAGGACAUUUGCGACGACAUUCGCGCCGAGUGUGAAAAGUCGGGCCCGAUCCGGUCCAUGGUCGUGCCGCGCCCCGGCGAGACGCAGUACCAGACGGCCUCGGUCGGCAAGAUCUUUGUCGAGUUUGGCGAAGUCGUCCACGCGCAGCACGCGUCCAACGAGUUGCACGGGCGCGGGUUUGCCAACCGAACGGUUGCCGUCGAGUUUAUGUCGGAGACCAAGUUUGCGCGCCGCGAGUUCUAAGCCAUGCGACCACAUCGGUUCGACUCGUAGGAACACUGAAUACAAGCAUUUUCUUCUCGCCUUGCG